AUGGAUGAACUUUUGAACGUUUUAGAAGAUACCGCUGCGCUCUUAAACAAAACUCAAAUUAAUUUAAAGAAAUGUCCAAAAGCUAGAUUGACAAGAGGUUAUGUAGAAGCAAGAAUUAAAUGUAUCGAAGAAUAUUGGACUACAUUUAAGCAAACGCAUCUACAAUUGGUAAAAAUAACACCGAAAGAACAAAGACAAGAGUUACCAUAUUUUCAAAAUGAAGAUUACUUCGUGUUCGAAGAUUUGUAUCUCGUUUUGUUAGCCGAUUUAAAAGAUCUUUUGCAAUCUUUCACACAAGCACCCGCGCCGAGUACUGUAACGUCCUCACCAAAUAAUUCUAAGAUUAUUGCGGAUACCGAAAACCUUGUUCGGUUACCGAGAAUCGAAUUACCUAAAUUCACUGGAAACUAUGAAGAUUGGCCUACGUUUCAAGACCUAUUUACCUCCUUAGUGGAUAAGAACCCGGCUUUAAGUGACGUACAAAAGUUACAUUAUCUUAAGAGUACAGUCAGCUGCGAGGCAGAAACAUUAUUAAAACCUAUUCAAGUCACGGAAAACAAUUAUAAAGAAGCAUGGAAUAUUUUGAAGUCAAGGUAUGGAAAUAAACGAUUAAUAAUUAACUCAGUGUUGAAGAAAUUAUUUAAUCAGAAGAAAAUUAGUUCUCAGUCUGCAAAUCAAUUAAAAAAUUUAUUAGACGUCACGACAGAUUGUUUGAAUAAUUUAGAAAAUUUAAACAUAUCUACGAGCUCCUGGAAUCCUAUAAUUAUAUUCCUUGUGAUACAGAAGUUGGACCCGGAGUCCCACAAAGAAUGGGAGCAGACAGCUUAUUCAAAAUCAGAGGACGAACUACCAACUUGGGAGAAUUUAAAAGAUUUCCUGCAGUCAAGAUACCGUACCUUAGAACUUGUAUUGUCCAUGUCAGGGACUUGUAGCAGCCGUGACAAACCUGUAAGAGAACGUUCACACUUAGUAACUGUCACAGCCACCACGUCACAGCCAAAUGAAAGAACUUGCGUGCUCUGUAAAGAAAAACAUACAUUAUGUCAUUGUAAGAAUUUUACCAAACUGCAACCUACAGAAAGAGCUGAUUAUGUCAAGACCAACAAUCUGUGUUUUAACUGUUUUGUGCCUGGGCAUUCUGCUUACCAGUGUAAGUUACAAAUGUCUUGUCGCUUAUGUAGAAGACGGCAUCACACUCUUCUCCACCGCCAUCAAGACUCGGCACAAACUGAGGAAAGGAAUCAACCGAGUGAAUCUCACCACGGGGUAGAAGAGAAAGAAGAGGUUAUAAAUAGCAUGGUGGCGUCACAUCACAGUACUAAACAAAGCACAGCACUACUAGCCACAGCGAUGGUUUUAGCGAGGAACGAGCAUAACCAAACCGUUGUUCUUCGUGCGCUAGUAGACCAAGGUUCGCAGGCUUCAUUUUUAAGCGAGAAGGCGGCUCAAAUGCUCAAACUUACCAGGCAACCAGCUAGAGGAAGUAUCAUCGGGGUGGGAUCUACUAGGACUAAUGUUGAUCACGUGGUUCAACUUAAGAUUGGCUCCCGCUGGAAUCCAAGCUUCGAAAUCAACAUACAAGCAUAUGUUAUGAGUAAGCAGUUGACCACGAAGAUCCCCUCCAAAGCUGUAACUGUCACACAUUGGCCACAUCUAGAAGGACUCAACCUGGCAGAUCCAGACUACUUCCAACCAGGUUCUAUAGACUUACUUCUUGGUGUUAAAGAGUAUGCACAGAUUGUGCAAAAAACACUUAUUAAGGGCCCUCCAGGUUCUCCAUGUGCCCAAGAAACCAACCUGGGGUGGAUCCUCUUCGGAGAAAUCGAUAAUAACCGUGAAAAUGAAUCAUUUCUGGUCCUUCAUCAUCAAGUCCAUAUAGAUCAUAUGUUGAAAUCCCUCUGGGAAAUUGACAAUGAUAAAAAGAGAAUAUUAACAAAGGAAGAAAAGCUAUGUGAAACAAUAUAUGAAAGCACACAUACGAGAAAUAGUGAAGGAAGAUAUCUAGUAAGGCUGCCAUUUAAUACAAAUAAUCCAUUUUCUAAUGAAGGAAAUACAAAAGAAAUAGCUAGAAAAAGGUUACUUCAUCUAGAAAGAAGAUUUAAGAAAGAAACUAAACUGAAAGAAGAUUAUACAAAGGUCAUGUAA